UAGAAAUAUGCCAUUUGUAAUGAAAAAAAUGGGGUAAAAAAGAAAGUAUCUUACUAUGGAAAUGAUGCAGAGAUGGAAUUAUAUGCCUCCUGGCUAUGAAUUUAGAUGUGGAGGCUGCAAUUUUUCGACUGACACAUUUUGGGUGCUGCACCGUCAUCUAACUGAACACAUAGAAGGUGGAAGCUAUUUCUAUCAUCACUCUAUGAAAACAGCAUUUCCAAAACGUGACUAUCUCUGCAGCGAAGUUCAGACCAAUGAAGCUGAAUUUGGUUCACUGUUUUCUGCGUUGAAAUCUGUUGAGACAAGAACUACAGAGACACAAACUGAUGAAAAUGAAGUAGAAACAUCCUGUACACAGACUGAUGAUGAAGAUCAGGGGAUUUCAAAUACUGGUACAAAUUUUGACAAUCUGAAUGAUUUUGAUGAACAAAAGUUUGCAGAAAAAUACUGUGGAAAGUUUGUUUCACAGAAUAUAAAUCCAUCAAUGAAAGAUGGUGAUGAUGAUAUUGACCAUGUAGUUGUCAAGCAGGAAGUAGACCACUCCAGUGAUGGAAAUACUCAACCAUAUUCUCCUCAUUUGAAAUACAGUAAGAAUGGAGGUACAAAUAACAAACCAAGUUCAAUGUUUGAUGAAAGUGAUGCAGAAUCUUUGUCGGGAGAGGGUGAAGAUAAGAAAGAAGAAAGUUCUGAGGAAGAUAUUGAUCCUAUCUUCUUAAGUUUUAACGAGAAAAAGAAACGGUCAAAGAAAAUCAGAGACAAAAAGAAUAAAACUAGGAAGUUACUCAAAAAGAAGAAAAAACUGUCAGCCACAACUACAAAGUCAGUCAAGUCUGAAGAGAAUUUAGCAGUGGUGACUGAAGAUAAAGAUGAUUCAAAGGAUAAGAAACAGAGAAAGAAAUAUACUAAAAGGACUGGUAUUGAAUACUACGAGUGUCUUGUCUGCCCGCAGAAAUUUGCCUGUCAGAAAAGUUGGAGUGUUCACAUUGAAGGAAAACAUCAUGAGUCCUAUCCAUCCAGAUGUGAACAGUGUUCCAUGAUUUUUAGCAAGCCAGAAGAGCCCAUGACUCAUGACUGUGAGAUAGCAUUACGCUUUAAUCAUGUAUGUUUCAAGUGCCCUGAAACAGCUUGUUUUAAAUGGAAGGAAAAUCUCCGACAGCACAUAAAAGACUUUCACCAUGAUGAACUUCCUUACAAUUGUUCAGUCUGCAAUAAGUCACUUAUAUCUGAAUUAGAUUUAAACAGUCACAUGGUUGAACAUGACCCUUCCCUCCUGAACUGUCCUAUUUGCAAGAAACACUUUGCAUCAUAUGUUAAUUUAGAAUCCCAUGUCCUAUUGCAUAAAAGAAAUCAUAUUUGUGAAAGAUGUGGGAAAUGUUUUGACAAUAGGGAAAACUUCAAGCAUCAUUCAUGGGCGUGUAAAGGGAAGUUUGCAUGUAUUCAGUGUAACAAGACUUUCUGCACAAACAACAGGUUGAAAGGACAUAUGCUCAUUCAUAGUGGAGAAAGGCCUUAUAUAUGUGAGCAGUGCGGACAGCCAUUCAGAAGUAAAGAAGGGUUGAAAUCACAUACCAAGUUUAUUCAUACAGGUGAAAAGAAUUACAAAUGUAGUCAUUGUGAGAAAGCUUUCACAAAUACAACAACAUUAAAGAGACAUGAGAGGGUUCACUUGAAGAUACGGCCAUAUUCUUGUGACUACUGCAGCAAGGAAUGUUCCACUAGAUGGAAUCUCAAGGCACAUAUGAGACAGCACAAUGGAAAGAAACCAUACAUCUGUAUACAUUGUGGAACUGGUUUCGCACAUAAUGUAGCGCGCAAAAACCAUGAAUCAAAAUGUUCAUUUUCAUACAAGACUGAUAUACCAGUCAAUUUCACAAAAGAUUGGGGAACACAAGGCACCAGUAGUAUGAUGUAAUUCCAAGCCUGUCCAAGUAUAUGUCUGCAUUUGAAUCUUGAAAUUUAUUUUUGUAGAGCUAAUAUGAAAGUUUUGACAUAACUUGCUGCAUUGUUUGAGCUGUUAAGGUUACAGUUUUGUUCAGGUUACAUUUAAUAUCAGAUAUAACCAAAU